AUGUCUCACCAUCCUGAGGAACUAUGUGGAGGAAUUAUGAGUAAUACUGUCACUUACAAUACUACCGUGGGAAACUGUUCCAGCUGCGAAACGGUUGGAAGUGCUUUAACGAGUGCUCAAAGAUUUCUUCCAGAUUUAGUUGGUUAUGUUGCGAUGACAACAUUUGUUUAG